AUCCACACCCACUGGCGGUCGCUUCUAAGUGGGUGUCUUCUUCCCCGACUGCCCCGAGCCAAUCCGCAUUCCGAAGAGGGGCACCUGCCGCAACAGCGCCCCAGCCUGGGAAAUGUGGUUGACCUUUGUUGCUCGUUAUCGAACUUCUUAUUGUUGGCCAGCUCGACACGUCGUCUUCAUGUUAGCGAUGGACCGGAAGGCUACUACGAGUAA